GGGCUCCAGCCGCCGGGCUUGACCUCUGACCUGGGUAUAGCAGUUUGCUCCUACUGAAAUAUAGAGAAUGAACUGGGUGGUGGCAUGAGUAGCAACCAUUUGGAGACUGUUGCAGUAAUCCAGGAUUGACCAUGAAGUUAAAGGAACUUGAGCGACCAGCUGUCCAAGUGUGGAGCCCAUCCAGCCAGUACCCUGUGUAUCUGGCUACAGGAACAUCUGCCCAGCAGCUAGAUGCCUCCUUUAGCACAAAUGGCACAUUGGAAAUCUUUGAGGUUGAUUUCAGAGACCCUUCACUGGACUUGAAACACAAGGGAAUCCUUUCUGCCUCGAGCAGGUUUCACAAGCUGAUCUGGGGAAGCUUUGGCAAUGGGCUUCUGGAAAGCUCCGGGGUUAUUGCAGGCGGCGGGGACAAUGGCAUGCUUACUCUUUACAAUGUGACCCAUGUCCUGUCUUCGGGAAAGGAGCCUGUGAUUGCCCAGAGACAGAAGCACACAGGGGCUGUCAGAGCCCUCGACUUUAAUCCUUUACAGGGAAACCUCCUCGCCUCAGGAGCCAGUGAUUCUGAAAUCUUCAUUUGGGAUUUAAAUAAUUUGAGUGUUCCAAUGACCCCAGGAUCCAAGUCACAGCAGCCCCCAGAAGACAUCAAGGCACUCUCUUGGAACCGGCAAGUCCAGCACAUUCUGUCCUCUGCUCACCCCAGUGGCAAGGCAGUCGUGUGGGAUCUCAGGAAAAAUGAGCCUAUCAUCAAAGUCAGUGAUCACAGCAACAGGAUGCACUGCUCUGGCCUGGCCUGGCACCCAGAUAUAACCACCCAAUUAGUGCUCUGUUCAGAAGAUGACCCUCCGGUGAUUCAGUUGUGGGACUUGAGUUUUGCUUCCUCACCUAUGAAGGUGCUGGAGAGCCACAGCAGGGGGAUCAUGUCAAUGUCAUGGAGCCAGGAUGAUGCUGAGCUGCUGCUCGGCAGUGCCAAGGACAGCCAGAUCUUCUGCUGGAACCUGGACAGCAGUGAGGUGGUAUAUAAGCUACCCACACAGAGCAGCUGGUGCUUCGAUGUGCAGUGGUGCCCUCGGAACCCUCCAUUGUUCUCUGCUGCCUCUUUCGAUGACUGGAUCAGUUUGUACUCUGUGAUGGAUAUGAGCUGGGAAGUCCAGCACAUGGGACAGGCUGACAAGAUCUCCUCUUCCUUCAGCAAAGGCCAGCCUCUCCCACCACUUCAGGUGCCAGAGCAAGUAGCCCAAGCAUCACUGAUACCUCCCCUCAAAAAGCCCCAAUGGAUUAGAAGGCCAGCAGGUGUUUCAUUUGCUUUUGGGGGAAAGCUGGUUACCUUUGGUCUUCCCAGCACCCCUGUCCAGCAGGUGCCACAGGCUUGUCCUCACCUUGUCUUCAUCAGUCAAGUAACCACAGAAUCUGAAUUCCUGAUGAGGUCAGCUGAGCUACAGGAGGCCUUGGGAUCUGAAGAUCUCCUGAAUUAUUGUCAGAACAAGAGCCUGAAAACUUCACUGCCAAGUGAAAAGAUGCUCUGGCAGUUCCUAAAGGUGACCUUAGAGCAUGACUCUAGAAUGAAAUUCCUAAAGCUGUUAGGAUACAAUAAAGAUGAGCUUCACAAGAAGGCCUUUAAACACACCACAAAGGAAGUUUCUGCAUCCUCAGACUUCUUUGAUGAGCUGGUCCCUCAGAAUAUGACUCCAUGGGAGAUCCCCAUCACAGAAGACACCGAUGGACUCCUGAGCCAAGCACUGCUGCUUGGGAAACUGGGCCUUGCUGUGGAACUGUGUCUUAAGGAAGAGCGCUUUGCUGAUGCUAUCAUCCUGGCUCAGGCUGGGGGUGCAGAUCUGCUGAAGAGGACACAGGAGCGCUAUUUGGCCAAGAAGAGAACCAAAAUCUCUUCGCUUCUAGCCUGUGUUGUGCAGAAGAAUUGGAAGAACCUGGUUUGUGCCUGUAGCCUGAAGAACUGGAGAGAGGCAUUGGCCUUGCUACUGACAUACUCAGGGCAAGAGAAAUUCCCUGAACUCUGUGACAUGCUGGGAACUCGUAUGGAGCAGGAGGGUGGCAGGGCACUAACCUCCGAAGCCAGACUCUGUUAUGUAUGCUCAGGAAGUGUGGAGCGACUGGUAGAGUGCCUGGCAAAGUGCCACCAACUCUCAUCCCCCAUGACUCUGCAGGACCUGAUGGAGAAAGUGAUGGUCCUUAGCAGAAGCUUGGAGCUACUGCAGGGUCCUGGUCAGGUCAGCCCAGGCCCUAUUACAACCUAUAGAAUCACCCAAUAUGCCAACCUUCUGGCAGCCCAGGGAAGCCUGGCAACUGCCAUGAGUUUCCUACCCAAUGACUGUGCUCAGGUGAGUUGGGCCAUGUGAGAGAGCAAACCAUUUCAUUUAAUCAUCUAACACUGGUGAGCACUUCUGUCUCAGAUACUGUGCUAAUACUGACUCAUAGGGUAAACAAGAUCUUGUCCCUCAAGUAGCUCACAGUCUAUUGAGGGAGAUCAGAUGUCAGAACCUUACGCGAACUCACACUGAGCACUGUGGGACUUCAGGGAAGGGCCUGAUUUUGUCUGGAGAACUCAAAGAAGGCUUUCCAGUGGUUAAAACAGUUGAGCUGGACCUUCAAAGAUAAGUAGCUUACCAGCACAUGUAAGGUAUUCUAGACAAAAAGAAUAGCCAGGGGUAAGGUGUGCAAGUGUUGAGUAGGGAUUAGAGGAUUUACAGACAUUUAGGGUGGCUAAAAUGUAGAGGGUCAACUGAAAUUUGACUGCUAAAAGAGGACAGGCUUCUAGAAGAAUAUUUUCUUAUUUUAAUUUGCUUAACACAGUU